ACAUGGUCUAAUCCUUUUUAUUAACACAGUGUCUUAACCUUAAGACGACCCUCUUUCGUGAUCUGUAAACAGUCAAGUAUUUUCUUGAGGGGAUGUGUGUUUCCACCUGCUAUCUGGUAUCGGUACUAAAGGUAUGCUGAGGUCUUCAAGCUGACUUGGACUAAACUGAUUCGCACAUCGCAACACAACAGAUGGUUUGUAGACUCAGAUUCACGUCACCAAGACCGAAGCUUGACCGAGGAUGUCUUCUUCGACGUUGUUUGGUUCUUCGGCUUCAGACGAAAGCCAAGAUGUCGAGUUUGCAGACGAGAUGACUCCCCUGAUCCCAGAGUCGCUGGGAGGAGCGUACGUUCAGGCUAGAGUACCGAGAGAACGGAGAGGAAAGAGACUUCUGUUUCGUAACAGGGGCGGUGACGUAAGACCAGGUGGAUGCACGCCGUUCAUCACGGACACGUCCACUAAUGAUGAUGACGAGGAACAUUACUUGCUGGGUAGGAACUACCGGUCGCACUGCCAUGACACGGGGGAGAGCCGACCCGUGGAUCCCACGGCCAGGAAGAAACUCAUCAUGGCCAGCAUCCUCUGCCUCAUCUUCAUGGUGGCCGAGGUCAUCGGCGGCUACCUUGCCGGGAGCCUGGCCAUCAUGACAGACGCCGCCCACAUGAUGACGGACUUCGCCAGCUUCAUGAUCAGUCUGUUCGCCAUCUGGGUCGCGACAAGGCCCGCCACCAAGAGUAUGAACUUCGGCUACUACCGAGCAGAGGUGAUGGGUGCCCUGGUGUCCGUGUUGUUGAUCUGGGUGGUGACCGGGAUCCUGGUGUAUAACGCCGUGAUGAGGGUCAUCCACAGAGACAUGGACAUCGACGCCAAGAUCAUGCUCAUCACAGCUUCCUGUGGGGUGGCUGUCAAUUUGGUAAUGGGUUUCAUCCUCCAUCAGUGGGGUCACGGUCACAGUCACGGGUUCAGCGGACAUGGACACAGCCACGGGGGUAAAGGUCACGGGGACAAAGGUCACGGGCACAGCCACGGAGGUCAAACGUCAACAGGUCACGGACACAGCCACGGAGGUCAAAUGUCAACGGAUCACAGUCACAGCAAUGGGGGUCAAAUACCAACAGGUCACGGUCACAGCCAUGGGGGUCAAGUGUCAACAGGUCACGGUCAGAGCAAUGGGGGCCAAAUGUCAACAGGUCACGGUCACAUCAAUGGGGGUCAAGUGUCAACAGGUCACGGUCACAUCAAUGGGGGUCAAGUGUCAACAGGUCACGGUCAGAGCAAUGGGGGUCAAAUGCCAACAGGUCACGAAGGUCAGGACCAAUCUGGGAAAGGUCACACACCGGACGGUCCAUGUACUAACGAGCAAUGCGACGAGAGUCAGAAGUUGACAAAAAGCUGCCAAAGUAACGGCAUUCCUCAUAAUUACGGCGGCAUUAGGUCGUGUGAGGAAGGAAUCGUGAGGACUGAUAUCGAGAGUCAGGGUUACCAGAUGGGAGAUCCGCAGGCGGAGUUACUGGAGAAGGGGGAGGACGGAGGCGAGCAGAACCGGAAAGAAAACGUGAACGUCCGGGCGGCGUUCAUCCACGUGGUCGGGGAUUUCGUACAGAGCCUGGGGGUGCUGGUCGCCGCUAUCAUCAUUUACUUCAGGCCUGACUGGGCCAUAGCAGACCCCAUCUGCACCUUCAUGUUCUCUGUGCUGGUGCUGAUCACCACCCUCAGCAUCCUGCGGGACACCGUCAACGUGCUCAUGGAAGGCACCCCUCGUGGGUUGGAUUUUAACUCCGUGAAGGAGAGUCUGAAGGCGAUCCCGGGAGUACACGCCGUCCACGGGCUGCACAUCUGGUCUCUGACGGUCGGCAAGAACGCGCUGGCCGUCCACAUCGCCGUCGACGUCGACGCGGACCCCCAAGAGGUGCUGGACAUAGCCUCCCGUUUGGUGCGCAGCAGAUUCGUCGUGCACUCCUCGACGAUUCAGAUCGAGCUGUUCCAGGAGGAAAUGCGCGACUGUUCUCACUGUCGGGACCCCUCCGACUGAGAGCGCAUGCGCGGGUUCAAUCUCCAAGCAGACGUGUGGUUUCAACUUUUUACUUGUCAAAAUAGGUUCGCGUUUUUUGUUGGGGGUUUUCAAGUGAAGCAGUCAUUUUCUACAAGAC